AUGAUUUGUCGAAACGUUUUUUCUCUGAUAAUUGUGUAUUUGUUCGCAUUGGCGAGUUUAUCGUUGGCGGCCACGAGAAUCAUAACAGGUAAGGUAUUAUACCGAAUUAUUGAUUAUAAAUAGGUACCUAUUUAUAUCUAUAUCGAUCACGGAUACCUAUAUUAUCAUUACAGAUGAGUGUCUGUGAUAUGUGAUUAUAACCUUUUUUUGAUACGUUGGUUACUGUAAUAUUAAAAAAAUAAGUCACUUCUGCCUAUUGGAAAUUAUUCAAAUGUCAGUUUUAUAAUUUAAACAUUCCAAAUAUAACUUUUUUUUUUUAAUCAAACGAUAUAUAUUGAAUAAUAUUUUACAACACAAAAUAAUUAAUAUUGUCAGAAACUUGACAUAUAUAUUAUAUAAUUACCUUUAUCCUAUAAUUGCUUAAAAAUAUUAAUAUAAGACGUUUAUUAAUGAAAAAAAAAAAUAUACAUUAAUUCAGCAGCGAUUCGUUACCAUAAGUUUUUGUUUCAUUUCUAGCUAGUUGGUGGGUAUUUUAUUUUUUAUUUUCCAUGCAGUUUAUUAUUAUUUUUAUAAAUCUAUGUCGCCAAGAUAACCAACAAGUCAAAUUUAAUUUUGAUUCCUAAAAACCAAAACUUUGUGUAAAACUUUUUAGGGUUGAAAUUUUCAAAAAUCCCUUCUUUUUGUACAUCUUGAUCAUUAGAAGAAUCACUGUUCUAGAUUGCAAGUUUAAAUGUUUUGUAGUGUUUAAGAAAUAGCGAUGAAUGAGUGAGUCGUAUAUACAUAUAUACGAUGUAUACCUAUAUAAUUUCUUAGUGCGUAUUUUAAAAUUGUACUACAAAAAUAAAAAUGCAUAUACAUUGCUGAAAACAUUGAAAUUAUCGUAUAAAUUUUCUAUAUAAAUAUAUAACUACCCGUGUUAAGUGUUAAUUUACUACAAAUUUAUAACUCUACAGUUUUUGCUUUAUACAUUAUAUAUAUUUAGGUAUCGUAGGUUGAAUUUAUUUGUAGAUUUCAAAAUUAUCGAAAUAUCGCGAAUCACACUAAAGGAAACAAAAACGCGCGGGAAAGUGGGAAAAUACUAUGGUUUAACUAUAUAAAAUAUAUAAAGAUUAAUAUAUUCGGAUGUUGGAGCUUUUUUUUUUUUUUGCUCGUUGUGUUUAUUGAGUCUUGUCGAUGUUGUGAAUUCGAGCUUUCUGCGAGAAGCACACCAGUACCUAUACGCCAAACUAUAUAUUAUAUUAUUAUAUUUCGCUCCGGUAAACUUUCUAAUAUUAACGCUUUUUUGAUGGUACACGGAUCGUCGAAAAAACAAGAAAAAAAAGCCUACAAUAAUGAAAAAAACAAUAAACAAUGCGGCGGCGGUGAUGCGAUCGGCUCAUAUUAUGAGAACUAUCGCAGUGUUAUUAUACCGGCCCGGAACAAAUAAUCGAUUGUAUAAUAAAAUAUAUUAUCCUUAUUGUUUGGCAUAUUAUAACCGCCGCAGUGAGUCACGACCUCCGUCCCGUGCGUAUUGAACGGCAAAAACGAUAUUUUCCGCGACGGACGAUCGCCGAAUAAUCGCGAUUGAACUUGACAGCCGACCAUUGUUUAUUAUUAUAAUAUUAUUGUGCGACGUUCAUAUACACGGUAUUAUAUUGUUACAUUAGGUAUAUAUUAUAAUAUUAUUGCAUUCGAGUAGACGCCCGAAACGGCUCAGGGAUACGGAUCGGAGGUUUCCGGUAUACCUAUACACCGGGUGCGUUACGCAAGCGACCGGUCGACGACGGUGAAAGCUGGGCACAUCUGCUUCGGCCCGUAUUAUACGAGCAUACAGUAUGUAUUAUAAUACUCAUGUAACUUGUCGAACUGUUUGUUUCUGAGCGAAAAAUAUGCAAUAAUAAUAAAUACCGAACGCGUAGGAAGAGAAAGCUUGAGAACAUUUCCGAGAUACGACACUGCACUGUGAAAAUAAUAAUAAUAAUAAUAUUAUAUUAUAUAUAGAUAUAGUUGAUGGAAAAAAAAAACGCACGUAUAUACUUACAUUCGAUAUAUUCGGUACGCGUGCAGUGUGUACCUCUUGACUAUACGGUGAAAGUUGAGAGUUAAUCAAGGUUACGAUAGAUAUGAUAAUUUAUUAUACUCGUACUUCCGUUCGAAACAUCUCCGCGCGGUCAAAGGUGCCCCGGUCGGUAGAUAAUUGACAUCAUCGCGGGCAUUAAAAUAUUAUGAAUACGUAUACACGUGCACUUCCGAUUUGUCGAUACGGUGAAAACAGAAAUGAUCAAUACGUAUAAUAUAGUUACUAAUAUGUGGAAGGUGCCGUUUAUACGUAUUUAGCAUGGCCAUUAUAGUAUUCAAUGCAUGCAAGCAAACAAAAGUUUUCAUAUUUUACGGUACGUAAAAAUUACAAAAUCGUAUAGGAACAGAAAUAAUUCUAUAUACUUUGUGUUUUGUUUGUUUGUUUUAUUUUAUUUUUAUUUUUUUUUUUUUUUUGGUACCUAUUUCGAAGCGUUUCGAAUAAUAUUAACCGUGUUAAUAAUGUUUUUUUUUUUCCGAACAAUACACACUAAUACGUAUUAUUAUCUUUUGGGCAGCCAUCACACGAAUAGCCGAAUUACCUUGUGCUAUUUAUAUUAUAAUUCUUUAAAUAUCACACCAUCUUCAUUCUUCCGGCGAUAUUUUAUAAUAAUAUUAUAUUUUAACAAUUGCCAGCGUGUCCUUCGCUCUUGCGCUCGUCUUAUGGAGAUUUUUGUUUUUUAAUACGAUUGAAACACUGGGCCGGGUAUAGGAAAUCUUUUGAACUACAGCAGAAGAUAUAUGACCUAGCUUCUAUAAUACACGAAUUACCUAUAUAGGUAGGUUGUAUAUACACGGACACAGCACAAUAUACAAUGGAUCUAGUUCAAAUCAGUUUUCAUUCAAAAAGUUGCAUUGUUUUCCGUUUCGCGGUCAUUUAACGUUACAGCUAUUUUUUAUUUCUACUUAUUUAAUUUUGACUCGAGCGUCUACAUUUUUGUACGAGAGAAACGGUCUAGGUGUGUUCGAAAAUGUUUAGAACAAAAUAUCAUAGAAAAAGUGUACAAAAAGACUUUUCAUGAAUAACAGUGGGCCCAAGAGAUCCGCAAUAAUUUGUCCGCUUAUUCUACGACUAAUAAUUCGAGUUUCAGUUGUUUAUAUACUCUGACAGCGUUAAUUAUCAUAUAGGUGCAUUUCAAAUUUCGAAAAUAAAAAAAUUAACGCCCUUCACAAUUUAUGAAGGCUUCAUCAUAUUAUAGUAAUAUGUAUUUAAUAAUGUUACAACCCACGAAAUUUGUGUUAAACACAUACUAUUAAGUUAAAUUGCUAUACAUGAAUUUGAUCGUAGAAUAAACGACAUUGAACAUUAUCAUAAUAAUAAUAAUUUCGUACAGAUAACAUUUAGAAAUGUAUUUCAUUAAUCUGUAGGAUGUAUUACAGGUAUUACUUACCUAUCCUAUAAUAUUAUAUAGGUACCUCUAUAAUACCAAACACUUUCCAUUUAUUAUAACAUUAUUAUGUACCUAUGUUUACAAAUCAAAACCGGUUAAUUCACUUUCGUUGAAUAAUUAUUUUAUUUUAUAAUUGGGAUUACUUGUUUGAUUAUAUUUUGUUGUUUAUACGCAGGUGCCUUCUUCAUACAACCGUUUGGAUAUUACGAUUACGCAAUUGAUUACAAUGUUUAAUACGAAAAAUUCUGUUUAAUUAACAAUUAAAAUUGUAUAUAUUAUAUUAUUGCACUAUGUAUAAUUGGUAAACAACGGCGGUCGUCCGCGAUAUUUUUAUUAUUACAAUAAUGUUUAUACUGGUGUUUAUAACCGCUACUGCGUCAUGUAAGGUACGCCGGGUAGGUAGUUUUACCAAGGUGUAUAUAGUUAUUGUAACAAGUGUAAAAUGUCACGGAUAUUAAACAUCGACCGACACAAUUAUUCCACAAUAUUCAACAACCUAGGUUAUUGGGGCAAUUGUCACAGUUUGUUAACACGUAUCUACCUAUAUACCCGUGCCUGCCUACCUACAUUCUAUUAUUAUUUUUUAUUUUUUCUGAACCAUCGUUUUUAUAAUAGACGAUUGUGUAACCGUCAAGAUUGUUUUAUUAUGACCUGUACGGCGCUGAAUCGUCGACCGGAUUUAUUUAAAUGCCUAUACCUAAUAAAAAUUAUGCUUAGACACCACACAAAUCGCGACCGGCUAAAACCGCCGUAAAAUUAUUCAAAUGACAAACAAAUACGCGGGUUCCCGUGGUAUAGACGGUAAUAAUAAUAUUAUUAUACAAUAUAAUUUUAUGGCGUGAAAAACCGGAAACGGUCGUGUAUAAAACAAACAUUUUAAUAGGGCCGAAAUUAAAUUUCAUACUAUUGCAAAACGUAAUCCGCUGCGGAGUGCAAAGUCCCUGGGGAUGAGUUCCGAUUUAGUCAAUUUUUCAUUGGCGAGUGUUUACGAAUUCGGGGGUCACUUGUCUGCGUGACGAACAAAUACCCUGCAACUGUGUUUGACGCAUUGAAACAAAGAAAUAAAACAAACGAAUGGACCUUUCAGAUAUUCAGAUCGUAUCAGUACUCGAAGUGAAUAAAUAGAUACAUGGGUUAGAUACAUAAAUACAUAAUAUACCUAACUCACUUAAAUUAAAAUAAUAAUGGAUUUGGAUAAAUAAAAAAUGUACGUUUACCAAAUACGGACAGUAAUCGCCUGAUCACUGAAAAAAUUUCUAAUAGAUGACGGUUGAACGUUAAAGUUUACUUCGAGUUUUUCACUCAAAGUCGAUUAUUAAUGAGCAAAUAAAUGUAUAUUUUCCAGGUGGUAUUUGAUAUUAGCCAACAUUUUCAAAAAAAAAAAUAAAAAUAUUCCAUUUUUUAUUAUUUUUUUUUUUUCAUGAAACUUCUAUAGAUAUGUACUACAAUAGAUUUCCCACUCAUAGAUAAGGCGUUUUAAUUUUUAAAAUUGGAACCUAUAGAUAAUUUUAUUUUGAAACUGUACCACGUAGUAGAUAGUAUACAAGUACCUAUUAUACGAAAAUAGCGAAUUUGACACGUUUCGUAAUAAUUUUAACAAAUUGUAUCACGAUACCAAUAUGGUAAAAAAGGAUUAAUAUGAUUUUACAUUUUUCGAGAGAAAAAAAAAUCCAUAUUUACAACAUUUUUAAUGUUGUUUAGUGAACAAAUUUACCAUGAUGCAAUACGUCCGGAAACUUUUUAAGUAAACGAUAGUAAGGCAUAACGACCGUGUGUAACGUACCGUAUGUAAUAACUGAGUAGGUAAUUAUUAUUUUGACAUAUACCUAGUUUUUGAACGUUUUUUUUUUUAUUAUUAUUAUUAUUAUUAUUAUACAUAUGUAUAUAUAAUAUAUAUUGACUGCAUGCCACAACGACCGCAAUUACAUAAAUAAACUUAAACUAAGCAUGUACAAACACGUUGUAACGUUAACAGUCGUGUAAUGUAGUAAAAAAAAAAAAAAAAACAAAACCCGUGAACAGCAGAUUUUCGUUAUUAUAUUGUAUAGUCGAAUUUUUUCGCCAGCUAUUUAGCAUUAUAGAAAUAUUUUUUUUAAAAUAACAAAUGAACGAAUAUUAUACUACAACACUGUAAUACUAGAAUAAAAAAAAAAAAAAAGGUCAAAUUUGAAGAUUCACAUUGAUAGGGGCGGUGAAAGUUGCAAGUAAACGUUAUGCAUGUAUACAUUAAAUCUGACUUCAUUUGGGAAAUCUCUAGGAAAAGUCCUAAAAUCACACCCAUUCCGCAACAACAAAUGUAUAUUGAAAUUCAACCCGAAUUUAUAUCAUUUUAAUCCGCCUAGCCAUAUGAAUAAACAAAAAUAAAAUCCACUUAUAAAACAAUAAUUACCUACUCUAAUUCCUGAGUUUAAACUAAUUUAGUUCAAAUGGAGCUGUUACAUAGAAGUAUUCAAAAGUAGCACAGAAAUAUGAAAACACUAUAAUGCAGUGACGUAAUCAAGAUUUUUCAAUGGCAAGGAGGGUUAAACUAAAAAAAAAAAAAAUUUUUUGUAAAAUAAAUAAUUAUGUGUUAUACAUAAACAUAAUAUGUAGAUUGUAGGUACUUUAACAGAACAAUAGUAUUUAUUUUUAUAGUUUAAUAAGUAGUGUAAAUAUGCAAUGAUUAUUAUUUUAGUAGUAAUACGUGUUCAAUGCGGAACAUUGUAGUAUUUUUUUCUAUUUAACACGCCCACUGGAGGGGGGGGUGCUGAAAUUUCCUUAGUCCUCCUCUGGAUCGUCACUGAUAGUUUCUAUUUUCGGAGAACAUACAACAAUAUAAAUACUUGUAUUAUGUUAACACUUGAUUUUUUAGCAUCGGCCUAUAACUGAAGACUAUAAGUCCACAUUAUUUUGAUUAAAGAGUUGUAUAUGAGGAGUUUUGUGUGAUUGUUGUUAGAGAUUAAAGUUCAGCAUAUGCAGACGCGUAUUCAAGCGCGAUAAAUUACUAGACCUAGAUAUUUUACAGAUUCAUAUGGUGGAAUUUAAAUAUUGAUGUCUAUGAAUACUCCAGAACAGGACGGUAAAUAUAGAGUGACAGUGAUGCAUAGUGCAUGUUGAUUCGGAGCAAUUAACUUUGCUCAUGACUUUGGUUAGACAUAAGCUCUAGAUAGUUUUGGAGAUUUGAGGAUUCUGUAAUCGAAUCAUUAUGAAUAUUUCCUUAUCGUCUGCAAACUCGACUACAGUUGUACUUGGAGAGAUGGUUGAUCGGAAGCAUAGAUAUUAUAUAAAACUGGCAAAAGAAUUUCACCCUGUGGGAUACCAGCGUUUAUAAUAGCUAUAUCCGAAAGAAAGAGCCAAAUCUAACUUGGAAUUUAUGGUUAGAAAGGUAUGAUUUGAUUGGUAAGUAGUAAGUUAUAGGUAGAAAUUGUUUAUUUUUUCCCGUGAUCUAAAAUAGUAAUUAAAAUAUAAAUACCAAAAAAAAGUGGAACCAACUGGACGGUUUUCUUCCAUCAAAAAUGUUAUCUGCUUUAAAUUCAUUUAUCACAUAUUCUUAUUGUGUCGAAAAAGUACGGAUUAUAUAUUUCGUUUAUAAAAAGAAAAAAUAUGUAUAUUUAUAUGUCAAACAGGUAAUACAAAUAAUAUUACCAUAACGCGAUCUACGGUGACACUACCAUAACAAUAACUUAAAAAUUAACAAAUAUAAAACGAGUGGUGUUCAAGUUUAUAAUAUAAAUAGGACUAGGUGUCUAGGUCAACAAUAGUCAACCAACUUGUAUUAUAUUGGUAUAUACCUAGUAUGUAUAAUAAAUAAUAAAAACAAAAAUUAAAUUGAAAAAUAAAAUCGAUUUUAUCAAUUUGUCAAGCUAAACACUGCAACUCUAGGUAUUAUAAUAGUGUUGCGAAUUAACAUAUUAUUAUUGUUAUUCCCGUUGAACGUAAUUUAACAAAAUAUACAAUAUAAUGUUAUUAUUAUAUUUUUUUUUAUUGUAUAGGUAACCCGUAUAAAAUAUGGUAUUAAAAACAUAUUAUCAUGUUCAACAUUACAAGUAUAUAAUGUAUAGGCAAGGUUUCACGAUCUUUGGGUCACUCAAAUACACUUAAAAAGUUGAAAAAAAAAAAAUGUUUCAAAUUAAAAAAAAAAGCUAAAUCAAGAGAAAAAACGAAAAGCCUAUGAAAAAAAAAAAAAAAAACAUACCUCAGUUAAAGGGAUGUAAUAUAUCACUGCGUCGUGAUUUCGCAUACGAUAACGUAGCCCCCUCGCCUAACUUUGUUUUAAAAAAGAGAAAAAAGAAAAAGAUCUCGUGAAAAAUUGCAUAAACAUCUUGAGUCGCGUAGGUACACACAAAAGUGCAAGAGGACCGUCGACUUAUUCUCUCGCAACUGUCCGCGUACAUAUUUUACUAAAUAUUUUUUACCUAAGUACCCAACAUUUUUGGUUUUUCGAUUUUUCCGAGCAAUCAUUACAGUAUUGACACCUUUUAUUUUGUGUGUGCAGGCCGACCUUCGGGUGUUUGAACUGUAAUAUUCAUAGUACAAUUGAUACGAUCCGCGUUUAGCAACGUCAUUAUAUCGGUACUCAAACGAAACCGCUUAUAUUUCAAAACGUUCGAGCGGAAUUUUUAAACGCUCGUAGCGCGCGCGCGCGCGUAUCGUUCAAUUCGGCGUGCGUUGCGACAUUAUCGAUAUCGGUUGCAUUAUUGUUAUGAUAUUCACCGGAUCAAAACCCGCGACAGUUUCCCAAUAUCACGAGAGUCGCCGUCGUCGUCGUCGCCGUCGUCGUUGUCGUACCCAUUUAUUAUGUUAUUAUACGGUGUAGAUACCGAUACAAUGCGAUAGGAAAUUAUCGUGUUUGAUAACACAAUAUAACGCGUACCUACUCGCCUCUCUCUAUAUAUAUCUAUAUAGGUAUAAACCGCGUUUAUAAACGAUAAUAUUAUAUUGUGAAAACGUUUCGUUUGUCAUAAAAAUUACACCGGCGACAGUCUAGACUCUAGGCCGACCGGUAUUAUAUUAUAGGUAUACGUACACACACAUGCACACACACGCGCACACAAUAUUAUAAUAAAAACAAUACACGAUUAAACUCACAGUAAUACUGCCGACAUAUUUAAUUUUUAACUGUUGGAUACCGAAUUAUUAUAAUCGCGUUCGUAAUAAUACGUUUUAAAUUCUGAGCAAUGAUAUUGACUUUAAACUGUUUUUUUUAAUGUAUAUAUUUUUUUUGUGUGUCUGUGAACGGCUUUUCUACUUAGAAAUAUUCUUCCGAUUUUCAUUUGUAGCGUAUUUUCUAAAAGUGAAAUUAAUCCAGUUAUUAUUGGGGUGGUCUUUUUUUAUUUUCCUUACAGUUUCCUCAACUAUAUAGGGAGAGACGGGAAAGUUUACGGCAAUAUCGAUUUAAAUACUAUUUACAAUUCAGUUUUAAAUAAUCUUGGAGAACUACACUUUUCAGAGAACAGAUAUUUUAAGCCUUUUUCUGACGCGAUACAAUUUUCAAAGUAUAUUCUGGCGAAUUUUUUUUAUUUUGAUAUUCAUCGUAUAAUUAAAUAUAAUAGGAAUAAGAAAAUUUUCGAUUUUUUUUUUUUUAGUUUUUAUUUGUUUUUUGUGAAUACAACUGUUUUGGCCUAGUAGAAAUGUUUGAAAAUUAUGUUCCAAAUUUAGUUUUUUAUCAUAAGCAUUUUAAAUUCAAAUUUUGAUGAAAAUCGUACAAAAAUCAUGGCAAUUCAAAUCAAGUAUUUAAUUAAACGUCGCUCAGAAUUGUUUUUAAUCAACAAUAAUUUAUAAUUUCGUACAAAUAUAAAAUAAAUAACUUGAUAUUAUAUUCUACGUUCCCAAAUUUUAUUUUAAAUUUUAUAUUAAACUAUAUUAUUAAACAAAACAUUCCGAUAGUCUGUUUUAAUCAUGAUAAACACAAUAAUUAUUCUUUAAUAAAACUCUAUAAAAAAAAAAAAAAUCGAUUAAAACUAUUUGGCAAUAUCGUUUUCUAUCCUGGAUAAAGUGCGAACAUAUAAUAUGUAUCUACCCAUUAUAUAGUCGCGCAGAAAUCGGAACGUUCAGCUCUAAUGAUGAUGACUGCAAUGCGUUUAUGGCCGAAUCUAUUUACUUUUUUUGAUUGUGUACGAUUUUCGUGGAUAGAUAAAUGUAAAUGUUGCUUCAUAUUAUAUAUUGUUAUCUAAAAAAAAGGUGUUUUAUACUACUACUCGUACCGGACGACCUUGCAAAACGCUAACCGUUCAAUCACAAUCAAAUAUCGGCCGAUACACCAUAUACUAUUUUAUUAUAUUGUAUUAUGUUUAUCUUUGUACGGGUGAAAGUUUAGUGAAUAUUCUGCUUCUGUUUCAAUAUAUAACGACGGCUAACCAGCGAUCCGCCGUAAGCUGAUUUAUACAAAUUAUUGUACAAAACUGCCGUCGAGAAAACUACACGGAAAAUAGAAAAAUGACCGUUUCAAUGAAAUUUACCAACAAGAUCGAAAAUGCUACAAGAAACUUCGAUCGGAGCCAUAUUGCUGGCAGAAAAUACACGGAACGCAAUACCGCGACUCUUUCGUAUUACAAUAAUAUUAUUAUGUGCGAAGACUCGAUUCCCGAACGCGCUGUAACCUUUUACGUCUUGAUGAUUUUCGACAUUACCGUUUCUAUAUAAAUUGCACAAACGGCCGCGUACAUCAGCAACCAUUGUUCGAGCGCAUUGCAUAACUGUAUAACAUAAACGUACACAUAAUAAUAUAUAUAUAUAUAUAUAAGUAUAGCAUAAUUAUUAUUACUGAUCACAACCAAAUCAAUGUAACUAGGUGCCUAAUUACAAUUAUCGCAUUAAAUGAUAAACAUCAAGAAAUGUCAUCAGGGCCAUUAAAUUAUACGUCAUAUAUAUAAAUAGAUAUGUAUACGUUAUAUACGAGAAAGUAAUAAUAAAUUAUAAAAAUGGUAGAUGAACGGCGAAGAAAAAAACCGUUAUAGCAGCUGUAUAGUGACGCUAGAGUUGUCCUUUAAGUGAUUUAGGCGUAUGGGCAAGUCUGCAAUUUAUAACCAUCACGUCAUAAUAUUGAUACCGGUACCAAGGUAUUCGUAAUAAUAUUAUGAAAUCAAAUUGUCGAAAUCCUAUUUUCAAAUAUAAAUUAUUGUAUUAAAACAAAUACAAAACACUUCGAAAACGCGUGUAAAUGGCGGGGGUGACGAAUUUAUAGGUAUUUUUUAAUAAAAAAAACACGUAUAUAGGCGUACAUAUUUUAUGUAUAUUUUUUUUUUUUGUAUAGGUUAAUUUAAUAUUAAAGACUUGACACUUGACACUUGACAAUUUAUAUAAUAGGUAAACCAUGUGUCAUUUAUUUAUAGCUAUAUUAAAAAAUUACGCAAAUAUUAUAUUAUAAUAUCGUUAUACAAGAUCAUAAUUUCUUUUUGUGGACGUAAUACUAAAAAAAAAAAAAAAAAAAAUGGUUCAUAUUUUGUAGUUGAUUAAAAAUAUAAUUUAUUACAGUACAUCUUUUAAAUUAUCACAUUAAGUCGCUUUAUUGUUAAUUUUACCCAGGAGUGGUUCAAGGAAUUAGAUAAAUGGGGUCACUAAACAAAAUUUCACUUUUCAUAUGCGUUAAAAAUGUAUUCCUAAUAUAAAUUAUAAUUUAUAUAAUUCUUUAUGAGUUCUAUUUUUAAAGCACCUGCACGCUAAGAGAGGGUUUCAGUUCCCAUAGCCGUAUUCACCCCUGAGUAUACCUAUUUGAUAAUAUAUAAUAAGUAUAUCAUUUAUUAAAUAUACCUAUUUUACUAUUGAGUAAAUUUUAAUUAUAUUACAAAAAUUAAAUUAAAGAAUACAAUUAUUAUAUACCUGUUUAUUUUUUAACGGUAAAAAAUAGGUCUAAAUGACGUCAAAUGAGAAAAAAAAAAUCAAAUCAUUAAUUCUAUUUACUAAUAUUUGAUAAUUUAUAAAUUACAGAAUCUCAAAGUAUUCCUCGUCAAAAGAGAAUAAACCCAAACAACAUUAUCGUAAGUAUGAUUUGUAUUUAUUUUUUUUUAAUUAUAAUUAUUAUUUGUAUUAUUAUAAAGAAGAAAUUGAUUUAAUUUGAAUACGUAUUUCAAUUCAAAAAGUAUUCAAUUUAAAUUGCAUAGUAUUAAAGGGCAUUAUAUAUUUUGUAAUGAAGUAUUUUAUUCAUUCGGUUUGGUAAUCAAACUUUGAUCCAAAAUGAAGCGGCCAUAUUUAUUUUAUUAUUUUUUUAAAUAAGUUGAGACAGGGCCUUAACAUAGGGUUCGGUGCCACUGCAUAAACCUUAUUCAUGUUGCAAUUUAAUCAAUUUUGUUAUACAUUUGUCAAAAAUCAUAAUAAUUGCUGCAAAAUAAAAUAGGUACAUACCUACAUAAAAAUAUAUUAAAUAAUAUCAAACACAAUAUUAUUAUGGUGCCUACUUUAAAAAAAUCUGUGAUAUCUCACGGAUACAUUAAAUGGAAAUGAUAAUAUUGUUGCAUCUUGUGUCUACGGCAAACAUUAUAGCCGUAAAAUGUAUAGCAAAUAAUACACUUUUGUUUUCAUUUGUGACUUCGUGUUGCGUAUCCUGUGCUUUUUAUCGUAUUCUGAUUGACCGUUGUAAUUCGGGUAACAUUCAGUAGCCAAGACGUACCGGAAAAUGUCCAGAGAUGGGCUGGUUUCAAUUUUUCUCUCAUUUAGGUUGAAUGGUCAGUUUAUUUUUAGAUGUUAUCAGUAUAACGUAUUAUAAUAUAUUUGCGAUACGACACACGUCGUCGCUGAAUUAACGCCUAAACAAACGCGAAUAUAAAUUUAAAAAUUGUUUCUGUUGUUAAAUAAUUAACAUGUAUUACAUUACCCACCCUUUGUACGACUAUUCUCCGGUUCUCCGUCAACUAGGUCUAUCGACUCUAGCUGUUAUAAGAAUAGACAAUAACAUAAAGUUCCUCCAGAAUCUUAUUGGCGGUUUUGCUUAUGCUUCUUUCCGUUAUCAAUUUCUCAACAGUUAUUAACAGUCUCGCCUCUCGUUCAGCCCGGUCUAUCGCACUAUUUACCAUUGCUAACCGUUCCGCUGUUGUUACAGUUGGAAUAAUCUAAUCGACCGUCUGGCACGUCUAUAGCUAACGCUCGUCCUUCUUUCCUGUUUUCAACCGGAUACUUAGUUCCGUCUCGUUACCACUGCCAGUGCUUUUUGUUGUAUACAAUAUAAUAUUAUGUAAAUCUGCCCACAAUUACUACAUACUUUGAGCCGAGCCCCCGCGCGUAUUUCAUAAAUAAAUAAUAAUAGUAAUUUAUAUGAUAAUAAUUUAAAUUUAAAUUUAAUCAUAAUUUUAAGUGAAAUAUUAUCAAAAUCUAUGGUAUUUAUGUACCGUUUAAAUAACAUAUUAUAAUAUUGUUGCCAAAAUAAUGGACUUAAAUUAAUUUUUAAAAUAAUACAAAUUGUGCAGAGUACAAACAAAAUAUGAAAAUCGAUUAAAAUUUGUUCGAGGUUUUGGAACAAUAAUACCUAUAAUAGAACAACAUUUAAUUCUUGUAUUAUAAUAUGGUUAAUGGUGUUAUUACAUUCGAUUUACAGUACCGACGGGAUUCGACGGCGGACAGCCAACAGUUUUUGCCGGCGUUCGGGCCGCUGUUCAGCCAGCUCGGUAACGUCCGUCCGGCCAGGCUGUACGAGGAAGCCGACUAUCUGCCCGAACUGACGCCGUACCUGUCAGCCGCCUCGUCCAACCGGGAGAGCGCCAUGUUGGGUUCCGGCAACUUUGGCGUCAUACCGGGCGGCACGUACUACUCGGCCGGCGAGUCCGCUUCCAUAUCCGACCCGUACCUGUACGACGGCAACGGCCACAGAGGCCGACCGCACCGGUAAGCGUUUGGUGGCCCGGUCUGUUAUAAUAUUAUGGGGCGAUCGGGAAUCGGGCCGCAUUUCAUCAACCCGCUUCGUAUAAACAAUAUUUGUUUACGUAACGUUACCCGGCAUGUUUGGCCACGAAAUGUAUAACACAGUUUCAAAUAUAUUCUGAUAUUUUUUUUUUCGUUUUUUAAUAAAUUUAAAAUCAGUUUAAUUAGUCAGUCGAACGUGCUCAAUUCCUUUUUGAAUUCCUUGUUCAAAGUCGACAACACAACUAAUUGCGUUGUGUUGGCUCAAAUUCCAAACCACGAUCAGAAAAAUAGAGGAUAUUUAAUUUUAAUGGUUUUUUAUAAGAAUAUUUUUGUUUGUCUAUGAAGUAAACAAAAUACUUAAGGAACCUGUGAAUUAUUUUUAUAACCACGGAUAAAAAAUAAUUGAUAAAAAAGCACAGUAAAUUCAAAAUACCGAACAUAAUCAACAUUUUUGUAUACGGUAUCAUGCCGUCAACAUAAAUCGGUUCUAACGAACAUAAGAAAGAUAAAUUUGCAAUCGUAAAACAAAUAAUGAUAUGCUCAAUUAAUUUAUUUAUUUAUUAAUACAAAAUAUAGUUGUUUCUUGUAAAAAUAUCAGUUGUUUCUAAAUAGUGAUGUAUUUCAUUAAUAUUUUUCGGCAAUAUAGGUAAAAUGUACAUAUCUAUAUCAUAUAAAGUUUAUGUAUUUUGAUAAAAGUAAAUUAGUAUAUCUACUGAUGCACAGUUCCCAAAUUCUGAUAAAACUAUUUUGGACGGUCUUACCGAAGUAUCUUAUUAAGUAUCUAUUAUAAAUAUUAUAUUCAUAUAUUAUUUUAAUUAAAAUCUACUAAAAUAUAUUAAAAUAUAGUGACCCAAUCACUGGGUCUACCUGUUAGAUAUGUAAAAUUUAAGUGGCCCAAUUACUUUUUUUAAAAAAAAUGUUUAUUGUGGCCCAAUUCCAGGACGAACAUAUUGUAAUGUUAGUACCUACACCUACAAAAUAUACCUACCGCGGCACCAGUGGCGUGGUCCGGAAUAUUCUAUGCCUUCUAUGUCAACCCUCAUCUAGUCUCCACUCUACCAUCAAGUGGCAUAUGUAUAAAAUAUUUUCAGGGUGGCCUAUAAUGGACAGUGGUUGAUAAUUAUUCCAACUUAAAAUUAUAUACUUAUAAUACCUAUUUAAAUUUUAAAAUGUAGAAUGUAUACAAUAUAGAUAUGGCAUAGUAAGGUUAUACAUUAUUUAUAACUAAACUUAAACUUUAAAGAACAAAACUGUUAUCGGUGUGUCGGACGCUGAAAACCAUUAUUAUAUAUUCAUGCCAUGUUAUUUCAUCAAUGGGGUGGGAGAAAAAUAUUAUAACCCAGUGGCGUCAUCUGGAUCGCGCAAGAUAUUACAUUUGAACAUUUUAAAUCCAAUAUUCGAAUAAUUCGAUCCAUUAUAAAUUGUUUUCCUGGAUACAGUGCAACUAUUUCUGGUUUACAUAUUUCAUUUUUAAAUUAAUAUUCUCUUCUUUUUUAGAUUUGAAACACAAAAAAAAAACGAUUAGGACAUUAUGUAGAUAUUUAAAUUCCUGAUGUUUCGUGUAUGAAAGUUUAUUAGCUAAUUUUGUAAUGUUUUAUUAUAAAUAAAGUUAAAUAAAUGUAUUAGAAAAUAUGUGGAUUAUUUUAUUUCCGUUUUGUUGGAAAUUCUAAACAGCAUUUGUGGUCUGUAUAAACGUAUAUAUAUUAAAAAAAUUAAUUGAAAUGACGUCACUGGUCUAACCCCAAAUCUCUACGCCAAUAUACGCGUUACCCAGAUACAGGGAUUGUUUUGGGAGUUCAAACCCCCCCAAAAAUUAAUAGUUGUGUAAUUUAUUUAUACAAAUUUUAUAUUUUUUAUAAAUAUUAAUAAUAUUGAUUAUUGUAAAUUUGUUAUGAACCCCUCCCGAUUUUUUUUUUAUGUACGUGCCCGGCGAUACCUAUAUAUAAUAUUAUAAGCUACAUGUAACCGGAACCGAUUUUGUGUCCGCAUUAGUUUUAUAGUUAAAUUCGAUAUUAUUGUACAACAUUUAUCGGUUUAAUAUUGUGUAACAUCAUUUGUUUAUCUAUGUAUAGGUUUUCUGGAAAUCCAAGACCAUCACCGUUCCGCGACCCGGAGGACUUCUUCGCGGGAUUCCGAGAUUUCGCCGACAUAACGGCGCCUACUAAGUCGUCGUUCUCGCAAUAUCACAUGGUGUACGCCCCGAUGGAAGAUUUGCCGACUAGCGAAGAAAAGUUCAAGUCGAAACAGAAGAGGAAGUUAAGCAAACAUUUAGAAAACGAAAAAGACAAAACGAUCAAGGCUAAAAGAAAAAUGCACGCAGGUGAAAAAGAACUGUACGAACCUAUGAUCGCACUUAGUUAGUUGACGCGGUAAAACAUACCUGAGGAAUUAUUAUGAUAGAGAUAAUAAUGUUUUUCUUAUUUUUUUUCUCAAAGUACAAAAUACGGACGACUUUCUUUCUGUUGAUCGCGUAGAUGAAACUAUAUAUGGAAGUACGAUCCAUAUACAUACGAAAGUUUAAAGACUCUAUAGAUAUAUGAAAGUUUAAUAGCUCGAGUAUAAUAAAUGUCCGCAAUAUCGUUUUCACUUUUAUACGUGUAAAAUGAUUUAUUUAAUAACAUAAUAUAUUAUUUAGAAUACAGAUAUAUACCAAAAAAAAACACGUUUUUCCAACGUAUUAUAAUUAAUAUAUUGCUAUGCGAGUAUACCUUUCAGUCAUACAAGGUUAUGUUCAAUUAUUAUACAUAUACUAAUUUGCUGGAAUUAUUACAACUAUUAUUUUAUGUUAUUGUAUAGACUAUUAUAAUUAAUUAUAACGAAUAUGUACGUAGGAAAUUAUAUAAUGUAUACCUAUACCUAUUACCUAUUAUAUAGUUUUAUACUGUUUUGUAUGUGUACUAAUAUAAUAUAACAUUAAUAAUUAAUAAUAAUAAUGAUUUGUAAAUAUAUUAUAUUUUAAAUAAAUGUUAAUAUUGUUUAAUAAAUAUUAUCAAGUUGGUUUUUUUUCGGAUCCGAGACAUGUGAAGAAAAUUUGAUACAGCGAUAGAUUCAUUAUUAUAUUCAAUGUUUUCAACGAAUCCGUAUCGAUAUAUAUAUAUAUAUACCGUUUUUGUUAGAUACCGGAAAAAAUCGAUGGGACUAAUUAUUAGAUCUGACAAAUCGAACAAUUAAUAUCAGCGUUCAAAUCACGGAUUUAGAUACUAUAGCAACGUCUAUAGAUAAUAUUUUAGAUAUUUAUUCUGUGCUAUGGUUGUACAAUGAUCAACGAUAUAAGUAUAACGGCACCAAAGAUUUUCAUCAAUAAUUUAAAAAAGUUGCGCUAUAAAAUCCACAGUUAUCUAUGUAGUUAAUAGAUAACCGUGAUGAAAUCAUAAACACGAUUUAAUAAAUACAAUUAUCUAUGCAUAAAACUCCCAACCCGUCUCUGAUGCAAAAAAGUAUUAACUUUUCUCGGAAUAUUUUUUUUAAAAAUGAUAAUUAAAUAUUUUAAAACUAUUUAUUUCUUCAUCUACUUGUUUAAAAAUUCUAAAAAAGUUAAUACUUCCCGAGAUAAUGGAUAACGACCAAUGUUAGAAAUGAUAAAAAUUAAAAUAUCCUAAGGCAGAACCUAAAAUACAUCCCGAAUUCCCGACAAAGAACCAAAUACCAAUGGGCAAAAUGGCUCUAUUUACCACCUAUGAGUAUACUUAUAGGUGAAUGUAAGAUAAUAGAUAAAUCGCUUAUAGCAGAUUUUGUGUUGCCUUUCAACGGUCAAUCAGUAAAUCGGUCAACUGGCACCCCCUAAGAAAACCGGCUGUAUCUCGGAAAGUUUAAAAGCACAAAAAUCGGGAUUAACAGCACAAAUCAGCACAAAAAAAGGCCAUUGGUUUCAUUUCAUAAUUCAUUGACGAGGGUGCGAGGAUAAAAGUCGUAAUAUUUUACUAAUAUAUUUCAUACAUUAUCUUGUUAAUCAUCGGUUUUUUUUCAAUUUUUCAAAUUUGAUGAGAAAACUCCUGAGCAAAUCAAAAAAUUACUUUCCUAAAUUACCACCCCAAGAAAAUUAACUUUCAGAAAAGAGUCUACAUCGUAUACAUAGGAGUAAGCUUUCUGGUAGAAAAAUUAUUCACAUAAAAAAAAAAAAACAAAAAUAUUUGUAAAACCAAUACAUUCUUCUCUCCACUCAGAAUCUAAAAUAAAUAAAAAUUCGAUCGGAUACCGAAAAAAAUAAAAAAUAAAAAUACAUUACGUAAUACAUUUACGGCACGAUUUAUUUUACAUUUUUAAGGUUUAUGUUUUCUACCAGAAUAACUACACACAAAAAUAUUAUUUACGUAUGUGAGUACCAAUGGGAAAUUUUAAUUCUCUUGAAUAUCAAUUGAACAGUCCAAAUUUCAAAUGUGACGGCACCAAAUCAAUGGAUUCGAGAAUUCGCCCGAUAUUACACAGGUUUAUAGUAUAAUUAGGUAACUGACUACGAGAGCGAUCUGUAGUUGUUCGCACGAAACCCCGGGGCUAAAUAAAGAACGGUUAUAAUCAAUUCUCGUGUGUAUUUACUUUCUCUGACUGUCGUGUAUAAAGUAUAUUAAGUAUUCAUAAUAUCUUUAAUAAAUGUAGUUGACCCUGAAUUGACGCGUGGCCAUCAUAAAAUUCAGAUUUCGAUUUCCGAUGUAACGUUAUUCAUUUACUCGUUUCAAAUAACCAAUAAAAAACAAACACGAGAAAUAAAUAUAACUAUGAUCGCGUUCGUUUUUCUAUUAUUUAUUUCAAUAUAUUAUAUUAUUAUAAUAUUCAAAUAAGAUAUUCGUUUUAUAUUGAAUCAAUCGGAUUGUUUUUUUUUUCAAAUUUUCUCCAAUAAUAGAGACUAUUGGACUUUAUCAGACCUGUAGUAUUUAGAAAUUGUAUAAAAUAUUAAUUUUAAUAUAUUAUGGCGUUAUGAUUGCUUUAUUUUAAAUUUGUACGGUAUAUGUUUGCUACCAGAAAUACUUGUCUAAUAAGUUGGUGAAUAAGAAAGUCAUUAUUGAUUUCUCAGGAGUUUUCUCAACAAAUGUGAAAAACCGAAAAAAAAACUGAAAAAAUUGGAAAAUGUAUGAAAUGUACGUAUUAGCAUCUAUGGUAUUUGUUAAAAAAAACUGUAUUUUUUCCAGUGAACAACUUUUCUACCAGCAAUUUUGCAUAUGAUGUAAAUCUGAAAGGAAAUAUGACUGGGAAGGUACUUUAGGGAGGUAGUUAUUUGAUUUUCUCAGGAAAUGUGAAAAAUCGAAAAAAACGGGAAAAUUGGAUCAAUAUUAAACAAAUAUUAAAGAAAAUACAUAAUGCCUAUUUAAUUAUUUUACCAUAAUAUGACAGAUACCAUAUUGUUGACAAAGCAUCAUUUUCAACUGAACUUCGCUCAGAAUCGUUUUUUUGUUUGCAAUGGUUUAUCGUUACUUCCAGAUAUACAUUGAAUUUCCUUUUGUAUCCUACCUUCCCAAUUUUUUUUAUACUUUUCCGGUUUUUCCGAUUAUUAAAAAAAUAUAAGGAAAAUCUAAGUUCAAAUUUCUUAUUCAACAACUAGAUUAAAAAUAUAACAAAAAAGAUCUCUAGACGUUUUUUUAUUGAAGCAAUAUUUCUGAUAGGAAACAUAAGUUGCAAAAAUCAUGAAUUUGUUGCGCCAUAAAUAUUUGAUUUGUACAAUUUUCCUACAAAAUAAUUGCCAUGUAAAUUAUAAUAUCUUUGCUUUAUUAUCUUCCUUGAUAAUGUGAUAACAGGCUGAUAGAUAACUGCAAUCAGUAAUUAGUUUUCAAGAAUCAAAACGUGUAUUUUGUUUAUAUCUAUGUGCUUUUCUGUUCUGUUUGUAAGCACGUGAUAGUUUCAUAACAUCUGUACUUAAUACGGUAAUUUUAACAUUGUAGUUUUUUCUAUUCUGAAUAACUUGUGGUAUUUUUAAUUAAAUUUUAAAUAUAUUUAUUCCGUAAUAAACUAAUUUGUUAAUUUAUUUUUGUUCUGUUAAAUUUGUCCAUGUAAGUACCUAUUUAUAUGAAAAAAUAAUAUAUCCGAUAUCCAUAUUAAUGAAUCGUCCAAAUAAUUAAUAUUUUCUACUGAUACAUAAUAUUAGUAAAUUAUUUGUUUUAUUAUAGAUUACCUCAACCAAAUGGUUGUGUUCACCUGUAAUAACUGUGGUGAUUCAGUUAAUAAACCUAAGGUAGAGAAACACAUACAAUAUGAAUGCAAACGCAAACAUUUUGCUGUUAGCUUCUGUUGUGUCGACUGUUUAAAGGAUUUCAAGUGAGUUAUCAUCAAAUUUUUUGUAUAGUACAAUAGGCACAUCAGAUAGGUAGAUAAAAAUAUUUGAGUAUAAAAUAUGUUAUUUUAAUUUAUAUAGCUUAGUAACUUUUUACAAAAGAAGUUUUUAGUAUCGUUGUUCUUUAUAACAGAUAGGUUCUUAUAUAAAACAAAUACCUAAUUUCGAUACAAAUAUCAUUAGAUUAUAACUUUUGAAAUAUUUAGCUUGUUAAAUGAUUUUUAUUUAUUUUAUUACUUGUCUUCUAUACCAAUUAUGUAUACGAACUUAAUUCAACAUUUUAGAGUUUAGAAUACUUUUAUUGUCUUGAAAUUAAUUUGAUACGUUUGAGUACCUAGUUGUAAAACCAAUUAUAUUUUUCAAAUAAUUCAAUAUUGCCUUCUUCAUCUCAACUAUUUGGAGUCAGCCACCCGCUUUCUAAAUUUUCACUUAACCUGAACUCCUAACUUACAUAGUACACCAGUUGACCUUGUAAAUUUCAAUUGUAUCCAACGACCUCUUUUCCAGUUUUCCUCUCUACCUAUAUCCACCUACUUUUAUUUUCAUUACAAUUACAGAUUGCUUCAGAUUCCUCUCCCUGUACCAUGCUUAAAUUAUCUCAGUCAUUUAUGCAACUUGGCAUUAGUCUUAUCAGUAUUUUCUUGUCAUAUAAAACACUCGACAUUUCUCUCUACUUUAUCCAACUACACUUAAUCCUGUGUUCACAUCCUCAUGAAAACCACCAUUCUUUUAUUCAAAAAAUCCUAGGUACUUAAAAUUCUCAACUUUGCUUAUUACAAUACCACUUAGUUAUCAUCGUUAGCUAUCUUGCCCUGUUAUUCCAAAUUCAUACUUUUUUCUUUCUUUUUUUUUUACUUCCACUUAUUCUUAGUCCCUUUCUUUCAAGUCUUAUCCUUCAUUAUUCAAGUAUAUUGUUAACUUAUUCCAGAUUUUCUUCUAUCAAAGCUAUAGCAUCUGCAAACAGAAUGCUUCAUAACACCUCCUUUCUACCUGUUAUCCCAACACACAUCUGAGAUAGGACAAUCACCCAAAGGUCUUAUAUAGUACCACUCAUAUUGGUUGACAGAAUUUUUUACCUUUUUGCUCUAAUGAAACCCUAUUUGUCCUCUCUUAUGACAAGUGUAGGUACUACGAGAGUAUUCUUUAAAUUCAAUUUAACAAAGAUGUAUCAGAUAAAAUUAUAAAAGUUUAAAAAAUAAGAAACCCUUAAACUCGGGUAUUGUCAAGUUAAUAAUAGCAAGUCAUAGAUAUAUAGUCGGAUACUUAAAUUAAUAUAAUAUAAUAACUUCAACAAAUAGUGAUUUUUUAAUUUUAAAUUUAAGUUAACAAAAUAAAAAAACAAUGGUAAUAUUUUAGUAUUUGUAUACAAUAAAAUGUAACUAUUUUUGUUGAAAUUGAAAUAUUUAAAAUAGCUUAUAAUAAUAUUUAACUAGGUAUAUUAUAUUAAUAUAGUUUUUUGUGAAAACUAGUAAAAUUUGUAUUAUUCAUCAAAUAUUGUUUAAAAAUGUAUAAUUAUUAAUUUGUUAUUUGUAUUUCAGUUUUGAGACCGUUAAAAGUCAUUGUCAAUGUGUGACAGAAGAAGAGAGGUACUCUGCCAAAGGAUUUGUUCCUAAAGCAUCAUCAGAAAAAGGAAAACGCAAACAAGCUGGUUGGGUGGAUAUUGUACAGUCUGUAAUUAAUAGAAAGGAUUUACCUAAUGACGAAAGACAAUUUUUGAAUAUUAUAGCCAAGUUUGAUAAUGUACCAAGAAAAAAAAACAAAUUUCAGGUAAAAAUUAAAAUUAAAUAAUUUGCUUAUAAUAACUGAUUUUUAAUUUCGAUUAUUUGGUUCUAGAACUUUUGUUUUUCUACUGCACCUGCAUAUAGAAAAAAAGGGUAUUUGGUGGAUAAAGUAUUUGAUAUGAUAGAAGCAGAAUAUAAAGCACAGCAAGUCCAAAAUUCAACUGAAAAACCAGCUGAUUCUAGCAAAAUUCAAAAUAAAAGUGAUACAGAUAGUUUAGAGAUAAAUAAUACAGUUCAAGCCGAAACUUCGGAAAAACCAAAAAAAAAGAAGAAAAGUGUUGCUAAUGACAAAAUUGAAAAUAUUCACAACGAAAAUGAAGAAACGUCUAAGAAAGAAAAGAAAAAACGGAAACAAUCUGUUGUUGAAGUAAAGAAUGAUGAACUUGAGUCAAAAUCUGACGAUAUUAAAAAUGCUGAUAAAAAAACCCAAGAAACGCCAAAAAAAGAAAAGAAAAAAAGAAAACGGUCUCUUGAUGAAGUUGAAAAUGAAAUAAAAACAAAAUCUGAAGAAAAUAUCAAACCAGUGUCAGAAAAAAAAAAGAAAAAAGGUAAAAAUAACUCUGUGGCUGAAGAAAAUUUGGAUAUAAAUGAAACAAAUAAUAUUCAAACACCUUCUAAAAAUAAAAAAAUUACUGAUGCAGGAACCAAUGAGGAAAAUGGAAUUGUUAACAGAAAUGAGGAAUUACAAAUCAAUAAAAAAGAAAAAAAAACAUUAAAAAAAAAAAUGAAGUACCAACAAGAAUUGGCAAUUGUUUCUAGUGGUAUUGUAGAAGUAGAUAAGGAACCAGUAUCAAAAAGUAAAAAAAGAAAGCUAAUUGGUAAUGAAGAAAAUGAAGAACCACAACAAAAAGCAUUAAAACUUGAUAAUGGUUUGUUAAAUUAAGUUUUAUUUUAUUGUUAGUUGUAGUUUUAAAUGUUGAAUGAUUAAUUUAAUACUUUUUUGUAUGUUUUUAUAAUUAUAGAAGAGACACAAAAAAUCUCGGGAGUACAGUCUCGACGUAAAUUUGAUUGGAACGAAGUUAUAACACAAGUAUUGCAAAGUAAAAAAAGCAAAAAAACAUCAAUAACUAAAGUAAUGAAAAGAGUUAUGAAUGAAUAUCAUCAUUUAAAUGAAACAACUAAAAAAUCCGAAAAUGAAUUAGAAAAAAUAUUUUUGAAAAAAUUGAGGAAAAUGAAAAAUGUUACGAUUGAUAAUGAUAAAGUACAAUUAGUAGGAUGUUGA